GUGUGGGGGGGAUAGAUUUAUAGUGUACCUCGGUUUGCAGGUUGAAUUAAUUCCUUGACCAUUUCACUUGUAUAUCGAAUCAAUUUUCACCUUUGAGAUUAAUUGAAUUGCCAACAAUCCGUUCCAGCACCCCCAUUUUUUUUGUUUCAAAAUAAAGAAAAGUACAACUGUACUGUACGCAGUAAAAACCCAACAAUAGAGAAUGUCAAGAAAUGUUUUACAAAGUAUAAUUAUUGUAUGUACUGACGUAUUUGUAUUGGAUUUGUGCCUUAAAGGGGUUUGGCCUAGUAAGUGACAUCAGUACCUGGGCUCCAAUUGGCGCAAUCGUCUGUUGUCCUUGAUUUGUGACCUAUUGCAGCGCCUUGCAAGGGUUUUCAUUUUUUGUCAAUCCGUUUCAUCAUUUUAGUAAUCGAUGAUCAUAUGGAAGCAGUGCAAUGCAAAUAUUGAGUGCUCGUAAAAGCAAUAAUAAUAAUAACAUGAUGAUGCAUUCAGUGAUACUGGGAUUUUACUGCUCUCCUUAUGUCACUUAAUUUCUUUGUCAGCUUCUUUUUCCUUUGUUGAGGCUGUUACUUCCCCGCCAAAAAACACAAAACAAAGAUAAGAAGAGUUUGUCUAUUAAGUUAUGCUAUCUCAAGUGAAAUCUCAAGUGAAAUAUUUGAAUAUUACUUUUUUUCAUUUGCAUUUAGUAUUACGCUGGAAGUUAUUAUUUUAUUUGUAUUUAUUAAUUUGGUAAUUGGUUUAUUUAUUAUCAUUAUUCUCUUCUCUCAUUUUGCGGUGUAUAAUAACAAUAAAUGGCAUUCUAUUUUAUUUUUUCUUCAUAUUUUUGUUUUCUUUAGGAUUACUGAUUGGCUGCACCGAUGCACUAUGAUCUUCCAAAGGUCACAAUUUGUUAUAUAAUAGUAUUUCAGAUAAGAUCGUUCUGUGGAUUGAGAUAAAACAAAUCUCAAAAAAAUGAUUUAAUUUAAUUGAUUUGUAAAGCUAUAGAAAUAUGCAGUAGCAAUAGUGUGUAGCAUUGAAGCAUUAAAUUUAAAAAACACCUUGUAAUAAUAAAACUGAAUGGUUUAUAUUUCAUUCACAAAUCUAUAAUAACAAAACACUGUAUUAUAAAGGAUUAUAAACAGUCGUGACAAUUCAAAUAACUCACCAUUAUUAGAUUAUUGUUGUUAUUGUUCUCAAUUUAUCUGCCAGGACAGACGCCAAAAUGUCGACUUUGCUCUCGCGUCUUUCCGCAAUGAUGUGACACCCAAAACCCAGGAGUGAUGCCUCUUUCCCCGCAGGAGGAACAAGCGAGAUGAUUUGUUGAGGGGCCCCGGGGAGCCGGCGAGCGCGCCUUGAAAACAGGUGGUGCGACAUCACACUGCAGCGUGCCUUCGGGGAGCGUUUGUGCAUGUUCAGGAAAUGCACCAAAAACAAAAAGCAUCCGCAACGUGACAGGGAGACAGACGCAAAACGCCACCUGCGGGAGGGCGUCGAUGCAGAAGACGCCAUUAACUCCUGACACGUUCCCGCCAAAACGUCAAUGUUAUACUUGAAUGCUGCAUUUAUUUAUUCCGCAGUUCAAAACAGUUCCCAGACAUUUUUCAUUGCCACGCGAUUGGAGCUCCAGCUUUGUGACGAUUGAUGGUCCGUUGGCUGCUUCUCCUCAUCUCACCAGCAAGUGUACAUGUAAAAGCGGUCUGGAUCCCGUUGUGACGGUCUGAGCGUUCCCCCGUGCUGAAAAAUCUCCUUGUGAUGAAUGCGCAUGCGUUACUAACAGGGGAACUCUGGGUACGUAGCCAACGCUUACUGGGAAAUCCCCCGCUCUCAUUCCACCUCCUCCUCCUCCUCCUCCUCCUCUUUCUAUUCUACAAUGAGGGAGCUAACAUAUGUUAUAUCGUAACCGUAAUCUAAACUUAAAACAAAAGUUGAUAAAAAGAUAUACAUAUAUGUGUUCAUUCGCUGUGUUCGUCUUUCUGAGACGUCCCCUUUGUUCAAACCAGCAAAAUGCAACAAGGCAGUUGUGUUGCGUUUCUGACAAUUCAAUCUCACACAAAUCAACACAACACAAACACAAUAAAACAGCUAACGCAAAAUAGGCGUUCAAGAACAGAGUAGUUGAGCCACACCGACUCACCAAUAAUCACCAAUGUUGAACGAGCGUUCCCAAACAAGCUAAUGUUCGUCCCAGCGGGUUUGGGUUGUUUUCACUGACCUCACAUUUUUUGCUGAAUAACCCACACGUUACUCCGCGCCGCCAUUUAACCUCUCUACCUAACUCGUACCCAGUGUAGAAGUCUACGGAAUGCUGUUACCAAGUUAGCGAUAGUUCCAGCCGGUCCAAAAACGAAAGGCAGCCGGUGUCCGUGUAGUUCGUGUUGAAAGCAGCGUAGUUUCCCAAAGCAGCGGUGAGAAGAAGCCUCCUUGUCUGUCUUCUCAUCCUGAUAUAGGCACUCCUCGAAACAUUUCACACACAUAACAAUAACGAACAUGAACACUCGGCGGCGAGCUGUCAAAUGGCACACGUUGAAUCAUGGAUGGGGACGUUUCAGACGUUUACAAAAUAUACGCACAAGAAGACUUUUCAGCACCGGGAGCGCUCAGACCAUCACACCGUCAACAACUGUGCUCGUUCCAUUCAGCGUUUGGCCACCUCCUGUUCCUAUUUUUUGGUGGGCUGGGUCUCGCCAUCUUUCCAGCUAGUGUAUGUGUAUCAGUGGCAUGGAUCUUGCCAAUAAGUGUGUGCUUUCCAGCUUACAUUCGACCGUCCUGUCCCACUUUCCUCAGCAGGCUGGCAUACAUCAUCACACCUACAAACAGGAACGGCAGGCCGGAUCUCGCCGGCAGGUGCAUGCAUACUACUAGGUAUUCAUUUGGCUGUCUCUUCUUCUGUUGCUCGCCAGUCUGUCUUUCCUCAUUUUGCCAGCAAGCGCAGAUCGCUGGCAUCAGGCAGUAACAUCGCGUCCCCAAAACCAUCACUUUUCAGAAAGCGUCUUAAAAUACGACAUGAUGGUUUCGCCCUGAUGCCGCCGGUAUGUAACAGUGGGCUGGAUCUCACCUGUACGUGUCAAAACAGUGUCCGGUAACAGUAUUGUCUGUUUCACCAGCAAGUGUGUGUACCGGACAGCAACUUGAAGGAUGGACAGGAUCUCUAGUCAGCCACUUAUUUGUGUACAAGCCAUUAAAAAGUCAAUUUUCCAUAAUAUGUUCCCUUUGAACUACUUACAUUGACAAAUGUUGCGAUUCCACCUCCCACCCCCUUCACAUUCAGUGUCACUUACAGUCCGACAAGAACAAUUUCUUCCUUUUGACAAAUCACUCCAAAAUGUAUUAGCAGAGAGGCCAACUGUCAAUCCGGCUGCCCAAAGGUCCUUACAGGUCUCUUAUUUUUUUUCUUUUUCUCCCAGCAUUGAAAAAUGAUGUAAUCAAGCCGUCCUUCCUUCCUACCAGCGCUCCAUCCAUCCUCUCUAAAGGCCUGGCGGUCCCUUUGGCCUCGCUCUGGAUCAAGUCCCCCACAAGGCCCCCCUGACCCCGUUAGAGGAGCAUGAUGGGCGGCCCUGUCACUUCAAAUGGCUGCCCGGAUCCGGCGUGAGACUCGCCCCUCACUAUGGAAGUCUCAACACCUCCGUGAAGCUAACGGUAGGAAAACCGUGCAGCACCAGAAGUCGCGUUAAUGGCUGCGACGAGACGACAUUUUGGAUGCGGUGCGGUACCCUUGCCACUGAAUUUCCGAGAGAAAAUGGACCCGUGGACCAAAUGGGCCUCUAUCCCGGCUGCCCCGGCGCGAUAAGUUGGCAGAAGUGGACCUGACACGCAGGCCCAUCUGGAAAAAGUCUUUGUGAAUUUAUUUCUUUUUCAAUUGGGCGAACUUUUUCUUACACUUGCAGACAUUUUGACGAGCACGAUUCAUGGAGCCUCCGAAAAUGCCUUACAGCCUAUCACAAGUCAUCAAAUGGCCCUGUUAGUGGCCUGCUAGUGUUAGCGCCACGCUAGCAUGUUGCUGCUGUGUUCCUGCUGCGUCUCGAUGAUUUAGCCCUGUUAGUGGCCCGCUCGUGUUAGCGCCACGCUAGCAUGUUGCUGCUGUUUUACUGCCGCGUCUCAAUGAUUUAGGUAGACGCUGGAGCUACAGUAGAAAACCCGCUCAAGAAUGGGGAGAACACAACUCCACGAAGGGAGGCCGCAGCCCAGAUUCGAAUCCAGGAUGGCUCGAUCCGUGAGUCAAGACCGACAGAUGCGUGGCCAGGAACAGGGCGCCGAGAUGAGGAAGCGGAGGGAGAGCCCGUGCGCUCCCGAGACCGUCGCCGUGCUCAGUCCCCUGGGGACGAUCCGAGUCCACGCCUGUGAGAGUGGCGUGCACGCCAUCCAGAUCCUAAUGGAUGUCGCACCUGCUGAAAGGAGCGCCGAGGCCCCCCCGCGCUGCCGCGUGGUCAACGGCGGCUCGGCAGAAACGAGCCCCGGGUUGCGGCGCUGCGUAGAAUGGCUCCAGGCGUACUUCGGCGAUCCACACAGCGCUGGGAGUCUCCCGCCGCCCGCCUUUCACCACCCCGCCUUGAGUGCAGACAUGUUCACCAGUCGCGUGCUGCACGUCCUGUUCAGAGAUGUGAAAAUCGGGGACACUGUCUCUUACAAACGCCUGGCUGAGAUGGCGGGAAACCCCAGAGCAGCGCGGGCGGUGGGCGGGGCCAUGAGGAAGAACCCGAUUCCGCUCAUCAUCCCCUGCCACCGAGUCAUUUCGAGCAGUGGCCAGAGCGGCCCGUACAUGAGCGGCAGGGGCGACCACCUCAAACAAUGGCUGCUCGCCCACGAGAGGCGGCGCGAGGAAGGCUGACGCGCGGCGGCGGCGGACGCCAACUGUAUCAAGUGUUGAAGAAGAAAAAAAACAACACGCACACAGAUAAGACACGGGUGCAAAGUUGGGUGUGUACGUAAAUAUUCAAUUUAAAUGUUUUUUUUUUUUUUUUAAUCUAAGAAUAGAGAUGCUUGCAUAGUUAAUGUACUAGCGAGUUGUUGCAGAAUUAGAAUGUACAAAAAUAACUUAAACAGAGAACAGUAGGAAUUACAAACAUAUGCUCCCGUGGGCCUCCACUGCGUUUGCCAGAUAGUGCUUGGAAUGGUUUUUCUAAAGAGUUAUUAUUCCCUUAAAAAUAUGUCUCUCGCAUUGUUGUUGUUGUUGUUUUUUUUUUCCUGAGAGCAGAAUUAGUCUUUGUACCUCUCGUUGGUUUUUUAAUUUCCUGCCAAGCGAGUGCUUUGUUCGACAUCCAGUGCUAAAGGCUCAGAAUUUUGCCGCUACAAAGCUUUGUAGUGGAGUAUUUGUUUUGUCUCCAUUUAGAUCUCAUUGUUUGCUCUCGUCUUACAAUCCACCUCCAGUGCUGAUGAUGUCUUAUGCAUUAUAUACAGCGCUUUCGACACCUUUUUCAAAUCGAAGCGUCUCCGUGUGUCAAAUUAGUGCCUUUCAUCAUUUUUAAUUGCGUUUAUUUACAAUAAAAAGUUGACUGCCGCGGGCUCAUUACCGAUUAGGCUUUGCGCGUCUUUCACACGUCUGUGCCGAGCCGCCUCUCUUUUCUGCUCUGCUCCGAGUGGAGUGUUUUCCAUUAGAGGGCAGUACAGAACGGGGAAAACUGCCAUCCAUUAUUUCAACCUGGAAUUCAUCCUUGCACAUUUGAUCCACAACUUACAUGUUUAUAUGUUAUUUUAUUUCCCCCUCACAACCGGGUUUAAUCCCUUUUGAGAGGAAUUAUUUUAUCUUGGAAGGACCAUAUGGAGGGGGCAGCGGGGAGUGUGUGUGUGUGUGUGUGUGUGUGUGUGUGUGUGUGUGUUUUGACAGAACAUUUCCAGUGCUCCCCCUCAAAGAUCUUUUGUUGCGUUGACACUUUCAUUCUUUUUCUUUCUCCUUAAAUUCUUGAUUCACCUCACUGUCUUAUGCAAUUCCAGAGUGACCCCCGACAUGCCCAUAGUUAUUCCUCCUCUGCAGCGCAGGUAGCCUAAUAAUCCACCCUCCCAAAAUAACCUCGGCUCUAACCUUUACUGAUCCAAUUCCUGUGGCCCUCCCCUUGAAUACAUUGAAACUUUUUUUUUUCUUUUUCUUUCUUUCCCUUUUUUUUUUUUUUUUUUUUUUGAAUUCGUCUUCCGAACCGGCUCUCGCCACGCCGGCGGACUCGCUCGCGCUGCCGCCGGAGCGCCCUCGGUAAGCGUGGACGUCGAGGCGGCAGACAGGCAGAUGAAGAAUGAGACCCAGUCUGUGGUUUCGCAGAGGGCUAAUGAUGCCUGUGGUGACUACAGGCUACAGUCGGCCCCCUAACGAAGGGAGUUGUGACACAGCCACAAGGGGUCCCAUUUAAGCCAGGCGCACUCUGAAGUGCACUGUAAGCACCCUCCUUUUCUUUUUCUUUUUCUUUUUCUUUUUCUUUUUUUUUUUUUUCUUUUUUUUGCUUGUGGCUAACUAAAUUCCGUGGAAUGCUACAAAUUUAGCAAGCGGAGUUGGUGCCGUCUGAAGCUGCUGAAAACAAGUCCAGCAUCAAAGCGUCAGCCAUGCUGCCAGUAAUUGGCCGUGUAAUUGCUCAGGUACCCAAGGCAACGCUUUAUAUUAAAUAUUUCACACCUUCUUUUAUUUUUUUUUUUAUUUUGCAGAAUUUUUUUUUUUUUUUUUUACGUAGCCUAUGAUAUGAUGGUACUAGCAGUAUUAUUAGUGUUUUAUCGUGGAUAUCCACCAUUCAGCAUUCGAUUAAAAGAAGCCGAGUCCCUUCUCAUCAUGCGAAACCUUUAAUUCUGCCCUAAUAUCUCCCCACCCCCCACCCCAACCCGCCACCGACGUUUCAGUGGGUGCACGUGUGCGUGUGGCCACGCGUGCUCAGGAGCGCACAUGUGCACGUCCAUAUGUGUGUGGGUGAAGUGGAUGAUAUUGAGUCUGACUUCAUAAAUCACCCAGACACUGAUCAACUCCCCAUGCACCCACACACGGCUAAUGGGCAACCCUUAAGGAGCGUGAGUGUCUCGUGCGGCGUUUGAUUCAACAUUUAUUAACCCCCUCGCAUGCGCUCACACACACACACACAUACUCACACUCAUUUGAGCCCCACAAAGAAUAUGUUUUUGGUGGAGUUGCUAGUGUGAGUUCAUAGUUUUGACCCGGCCAGGUUGCAUUAAUCACCGGCGGCCGCGGUGAGAAAUAUGUGCGCUUAUAGCGGCGCGGCAACAGCAGCCGCUACAUUUCCCAACAUUGGUUUCCUUCUCAUAACUUACAUCCUGUCUCCAACUCCCCACUUCCCAUCUCAUAUCCUGGCACCCCUCCUCAUUAUAGAACAAUUUUCUCCCCCACAUCAAAUACAAACACAAACCAUGCUUCCAUGUCUUGCUCCUUCUACAUGUUGGCUCAUAACUCCGCAACCUGCUCCCCCCCCCCCCCCGGUAGAAACGUGCGAGCCCGAGUGGGGUCCUGCAGCCGCAUCAGUGAUUCAUUCGUAGCGGCUUUUAUUAUUUCCAAGAAGUUUGUGAGCAUAAAAGAAAAAGGAAUGUAGAACUUUCGGGUAGCACGUUAGGCGAGCUGAGAGCGCCGCGUCUGCUGCCGGGAAGCUGGAGGAGUGUUUGCUAUGCAGAUAGUCCAGCAGCCAGCCAGUCGGACACAGGAAUAGAUUGCUCGCAUAGUCAGACCGAGGCUUGGCCGCGCUAUCGGGUUUCCUCCCCCUCUUGUCUGUCUGCCGAGACCGCCCGGCCUCGGAGGCCCUGACACCGAGGCACCGUGCAGCCGGCCACCACAGCUGCCGCCGCGGCCCCUAAUACCGGCGCGCGGCGCCACGCUACGCCGCCGCUACAAAGCGGAAUGUCAUCGCGAACAUGGUGUCCUUUGAUGCUCUUUUCUAAUGAUCUUUGUGUUUUGAGAGGGAGACUUGUAAGGGUGUCUUUUCUUUUCUGAGUCAUUCUCUGCGAGCAAAGAAAGUAAAGAAAACCCUGAGAGCUGCCAGUGUGCUCGCUUGCGCGCGUGCGUGCCGGUAACCUUGUAUCAGUAUGUCAUUGCAACCUUACGAACCCGAGAGUAGAACCGGGCUUCUCUAAUCAGGAACGGCUGAUGAAGGGGCCGCGUUUACGUGGGAGCCUCUCCCGGCACGUAUCAAUCUGCGAGCGUGUGGCGCGGUAAGGACAGUCUCUCAGCCUGGAGAAAGUGCAGGUCUAGCCUUGGUCCUUGUUGACGGAGGGGGCGGCACUUCAGAGGCUCCGGGACCCCGUGGCACCAGUCUCUCCAGUCCCCCAGACAGACCGGGAGCAUCUGGGCUCUGUCAGCGCCUCCGGCCCCCGCAGACUGCGAUCUAUAUGACGGAGAGGAGAAAAUGUGAGCCAGAUUCCCUCAGCCUUGUGCAAAAGCGCAUGCCAGUUAGCAUCAUAGGUAGCGCGCGUGUGCUUGCUGCACCGAUAACAGGUCAGAGUGAUUAAUUUUGCAUGAUGGGAGAUGGAGGCUAUUGAUUAGAGGCUAACGUUGGAAUAAGUCUUCUCUAUAAAUUGUCCAAUUAAGUAUUAAUUAAAAGUGCGGCACUGGAAAUAUUCAAAAUAAAAUAAAUAACACAUCACGGCGUAUGCAGAUUACAUUGACAGAAAUCAUUCCAGAGAUGUUUUGAAAGCUCCCUGUGAUGUGACGGCGUAGAUGGAAGCCGAUACGCGCGCGUGCCAAGACUAAUUAAUCCAUACACUAAAUUAGGAAUGUAAAUUGUGGUCCCGAUUUAACAAGGUCAGUUUUAACUUCUCACUUUACACUUUAUUUAACUGUGCACGGGGGGAGGGAGAGGAGGAGGGUGAGGCCGGCGGGGGAGACACCCACCCUAUCAAUGCGUUUCGCUUAUUAUGAUUGACGAUUGAUGAUUAAGUCCUCCAGCUGACACACACCAGCAAAGCCGGUGAGUUGGAAUUGGAUGUGACACAUACACAGUUCUGCGUGUUAGGUAAUUCGUUGACGAGGGGCCAAAUUCAUUUAUGGAACAGCGGUAUUGGCAGGCGUGGACAGUCUCUGCAAAAACAACGAUAAUCACAGAGGUUUGGCGCGGCGUGACAAGGACUCUUCAGGGAAAGGCCCUUACACGCCGCUUUGUUGGCCGCUCCUUGCCUGAGACGUGAGGGGAAACAUUCGCCGCCGUUCCUAAAACGAGAGUGACUCAGAGCGGGAACACGCUUGCCGCAAGGUGUGCGUGAUGUUUUCAAGACGGAACGUGGACUAGAAAGUAUCGUGAGGUAUUUUCUAUACGUUUUGGUUUUUACUCGUUUUAAAAAAAAAAAAAAAGAAGCCAGUUGGAAAAAUAAAACACAAGGGGGUGGGUUGUGGUGGG